GAGGAGGCAGAGGGUGGGGGGAGGAGGUUUCUCCUCUUGUCUUCCAGAAGCUCUUUGAUUCGGAGGCGGACAGCRGACACUCCAGCGAGCAACCAGAUCUGUGCCCUGCUGGAGGACAGCUUCCUCUGGUUUCUCGGUUUUCUGGACAAAACCAAAGAAGAAGAAAUUCCCACAAACCCAACUUUUCCUGAGUCGACCUCCUGGUGCCGGAUCAGCAGAGUCUGAACAUGUUCCAUGAGUCCAGUCCGCGCGGACCCGACCAGGUGAAGUCCGUCCCUCAGACAGCUGGAGCACAGAUGGAGACGCGCGCGCGGCGCUCCGCUCCAUAAGAGGGGCUUCGUGGACAAGCGGAACCAGAAGAGUUCUGGGGGGUCCAGCAGAGUCCUCGCAGGAUGGGGAUGAAGCACUUCCUGCUUCUUUUCAUCUACCUGGACCCGUGCAGCGUUCUGUGCGCCGCCGCCAACAAGAAGAGCAAGCUCCCCGCGCGGAGGACCCCCAAGCUGAAGGAGGCGAACGGAACCAGCAGCACCGCGGGCCCCCCCGCCGCCUCCCCGGUCCGGAUCACCCAGGUCCAGGCGCCCUCCGCGGUCCAGCACGACACCUGCAUGGGUUACUACGACGUGAGCGGCCAGUACGACCGGGAGUUCGCGUGCAACAACACGGACCACCGGUUCUGCUGCGGCAGCUGCUUCCUGCGCUUCUGCUGCGAGGACCGGGCCAAGCGGCUGGAGCAGCGGACCUGCACCAACUACAACACCCCAGACUGGAUCAAGACCCAGCCCCCRUCCCCGGCGCCCACCGGGGACACGUACGACCCGGCGCUGGACCAGACCAACACCACGGUGUACAUCACGUGCGGCGUCAUCGCGCUCAUCAUCGCCAUCGGGAUCUCCGUCAAGGUGGCCUAUGAUAAAGCCAYGAAGCCCCCCCAGGAGAUGAACGUGCACAGAGCUUUGGCGGACAUUCUGAGGCAACAAGGACCGGUGCCGAUAUCUCAGUACGAACAUGAGAACAUCGCAGUCAUGGACGGGUCGCCCAAAGACGAGACGCCGGUCAGAACCUCCAAGAAUCAUUACACACCUGUUCACAGCAAGGCAUCGAACCACGGUCAUUACGGACACGAGAACCUGCGUGUCGGCGGUGCGGACAURCACAACUUCAUCUCCUCGGGCUUCGUCACGCUCGGACGCGGCCACUUGAAAGCGCAGCAGUCCAUCGACGAGUCGGGACAGAUGUCCUGGCAGGGGGACCUGGACGUCCCCAUGUCUUACGGAAACCACCACCAUGACUACCAGCACAGCCACCUGGACCUGACCGCUCUCACACCCAAACCAGAGAGAGCCCAGAGGAUGAACAACAUCCUGACCUCGGCCACGGAGCCCUACGACCUGAGCCUGUCCAGAUCCUUCCAGAACCUGAGCCACCUGCAGCCUGCGUACGAGAUGACCCUGAAGCCUGACUUAAGUAAAUACUCCCUUCACAGAUUGAGUGAAAAGGACAUGGACGAUUACUACCCGAGGAAGCAYCACCACCCGGACUUCGGCGGCAGAGGCCCGACCCACAUGGUGAAGCUGAGCGCAGAACCCCAGCAGCACCAGCAGCGCCAGCGUCCUCGACGGGUCCAGCGGGCCAUGUCCCAGGACCACGUCCUGUCCCCGCCCAGGACGCCGCGUCGCGGAGACUACAACCUGUCGUCGUACGGCGCCGUGGCGGCGGCGGCGUACGGCAGCAGCAGGAACCUGUCCAACGAGCAGCUGCUCUCCGCCGACCGCCUGCACUCCCAGGACCCCCUGCUGCUGUCCCCGGCCAUGAGGCGCGACAAGUUCCGGGAGAAGGCCAUGGCGCGGGCCAUGUCCCACGCCGACAUGCUGCUCCCCACCACGCCCGUCAUGGAUCGCCACAAGAUGACCAAGAUGCACUCCCAGCCCAGUGCCUCUAACGACUCGUACAACACGCUGAUGGUCAACCAUCAUGCAGGCACGUCCACGUCCAAGAGGCAGGCGUUUGCCAACCGACGAACACACACGGUGGACCACCUGCAGUACAUUCCCGGGCACCACCACGCGUACCGCACUGCCAGUAAGAACGAGGUAACUGUUUAACCUCCGACGUUCAGCUCCUCCUCAAACCACCUCCUACRUUAAAACUCUUCCUGCUUUUUACCACGAGCUUCGGCGCCGCCCGGACUCCGGGUUCCUAGGAUCAACCCCGGCAAAACUUCUUCUUCUUCUGCGUUUUUUUUUUUUUUUUUUGUUCCUCUUAGAGCAUCUUAAGGGCUUUGCGUGUCGACACAAAGAUCCUUCUUGUUGACAAUGUGAAGAAAAUAUUUUUUAAACUGAACUCGAGACUCAGAGGGAGUUGUAAUAACUUUAUAAAUACAUAAACUAUAUUUAUUAUUUGUACUUUCAGUCCUUGUUAUAGCUUUAGACAUAACCGAUGUAAGCGCUUCAAACGAUGCCUCUUGGAUUCGUCCCAUUUCAACUACGAAGUGGAUUUGUGGGUUAAAAAGCACAAUAAAUGAAUUCACUUUAAAUUUUUAUUAGGUUCUGUUUGUAAAGGCCAGAACAUCAGUUUAGACUAGAAAUCAAGGAGGUUGUUUUUGUUGCAUACAAUAAAUGAUUGUAAAUAAGCUAUAUUAGCAGCAUUAUACUAAGAAAGCUGGUGUUUUGUCCUCACGCAUUUUCUUUUAUAAUCAUUUUUUAGAUAAGAAAAGGGUUACAGAUUAGUUUUAUUUCCACUGAUGUCUCAAACUUAAACUGGGAGUAUUCUUUGUGUUUGUGGCACAGAACGGUUGUGAAUGAAACCUUUUUUCUCCUGUAUUUAUUCAUUUGUUGGUGAAAAUGGAGCUGAGUAGUUCUGACCCUCCUGCUUUUACGGUUCUUUAUUCUCGUUACUUCAUAACAGAUACUCAGUGUUGUGGAAUAUUUAGGCUGAAAAUCAGUUUUCGUUCUGGCUCAGAGUGAGGACCACGUCCUGCUGGAUUGACGAGACCUUCCUUCGUUUGUCGAGCAUCAAUGAAACUGUGAAAUGUUUGUCCAGCUUUGUUUCCAUUAAAGCAAUGCCUUAUUGUGA